AUGGAGUGGUCGAAAGAUAAAACUCUGAAACUGAUUGAGUUGCUGCAAGUAAAUGCUAGUCUUUGGAAUCCGUCGUUGUGUGAUACUCGUAGAGAUAAACAGAAACGAAAAGAAGAGCUACGAGCUAUUGCCGAUAUAUUAGGAAUAUCUGUACCGGAUACUACCAAAAAGAUACAGCACCUAAGAACUCAAUACAAUAGAGAGUCAGCAAAGGAAGCACGAGCCAAUGCAGAGGAUCCAAACGACAGCUACGUUAGUAAUUGGUACGCUUUCGAAUAUCUUCAUUUUAUGAAAGAUUCGAAUAAACCAUACAGAGUUCUUCAGACUGAAGAAAAUUCAGAAAUAAAUGGCAGUUUACCUAAUCACAAUGAUUCUGCUCUGUCAGAUUGCAAAGCCAACCUAUCGCCACCACACAAGAUAGCUAGAACAGACGUACUGUACCCUGUGAAAUCUGAAAUUGUUUAUCCCUCACCACCGAGAGAUAGAGAUGAAUUUUCUGUAUUUGGUGAAUACAUAGCAAAUGAGUUACGGUCACUAAAAGGUGAAAAAAAUUUACUGGUUGCAAAGAAAAAGAUUCAAGAUGUUAUAUUUGAAGUAAAAAUGGGAAUAAUGAAUGAAGGAAGGAUUGAUCAGGCGUACACUUAUUCUAGUCAAGCAACAUCGGUGCAUUCAGGAAAACUGUACACAACGCCAGUGAUGAGUACUGUUGCCCAUAUAGACCCUUUGACUACAUCUAAUACUCCACCAACAACAGGUAUUAGUGAAAUUAUAAUUAGUGGAGCCUGCCACUAUCCUAAUUUCAAAGUUGACACUCAAUAG